CUCCUCCUACUCUUGGAACUUCUGUUUUGUUUUCACUACUGAGCUACCCCCCAGCUCUGGAGUUCUUGUCUAAGGUCAGCGCUGGAGGCAGGCUCCGGAAGCGAGCGCUCUGAAGGGCUGCUGGGGGCAGUCGUGGAGGCACCGGGACCGCUGCGCCCGGCGGGGAAGGCGGCCGGCUUUGUUCAGGGCCCGCCAUCUAAAGCCCCACUGCAGACGUUGUCGGGGCAGUCCUCGAGGUUCCCGUUGCCGGGGUGACGGAGAAGGCCCUGCAGUCCCCGCAGUCCCCGCAGUCCUCGCAGUCCCCGCCGUCUGCGUAGCGAACUUAUCCCAACUUUUGCGCAAGCUGCAAGAACCGCCGCCGCGGCGCCUGCGCACUGCGCUCGGCGCGCGGGUCGCGGUCGCCAAGGGUUACCGGAUUCCCCGAGCGCGGGGCGGGGCUGCGGCCUGGAGCCCGCCUCUCUUGCGCUGUGGUUGGUAGCAGUUGCUGUCCGUCGGAGCUGUCGUCACCGCCUAUUGGUCAGCGGCAAGUUUCGAGGCGGAGCCCGCACCCCGCCCAGCCGCGCCGCGCGGCCCCGCCCGCGAGGAGAGGACAGCAGAGGACCCUCGCAGGCGGUCCAGGACCAGUGACUGAGGGCGGCCUUCCCUGGCACCCGAGGGACUUGCCGCUCGCAGCCUCACGGGGCCAGCUUCCAGGUGGGCUGCGAUGAUCCUCGAGGAGAGGCCAGAUGGCCAGGGCGCCGGAGAGGACAGCACCCAGCUGCAGGCGACCGGCAGCGUCCGCAAGGUGGGGCGCCAGUGAGGGCUGCAGGCCCCCGGCCUCCUGCCCUGCUCUUGGAGGCUCGGUCGGGCGCACGGCCUUCCAGGCAACCGGGCUUUACUGCUAGGGAAACUGAGUCCCCGAGCGAACCAGAGCCUGCACCCCUCCUCCUCUGGGGUCCUCGCCAGUCCCUGUUGGGGAUCCCAGAGGGGGACAGGAGGAGGCUUCCAGGAAUCGGUGGGACCGGAGGUCCGGAACAUCAUUUCCCUGAAGUCAGGGACCACUUCUUUGGCACGUGUUGGCUCAGCAUGCCAGAUGCCACAGCACCUAGCAGGCACUGGAGAGUGAAGUGACCUGUCUCCUGUCCUCUGUGAACUCUCCCUGGCAGGGUAGCCAUACCUGCAGGUGGCCUUUGGAGGGAGCACAUGUUGCUUUGUGUGGAAGGAAUGUCUGGGAGGUUGCACAAACAAGAUGUGCCAGAGGGCCUAGUAGACUUCUCAGGCUGUGGGUUGUGGGCUGUGGCCAGGCCCUGUCUUUGCUCUCUCUUGGCUGCCACCCCAGAAAAUGCCUGUCACCCCUCUGGAGAGCCAGUCACCUGGAGGCUGACUGGAGGGCUGCGGGGUCUGCGGCACCCAGACCUGAGUGCCAGCAUCCUCCAGGGGAGGACCGCAGGCAGGCGCCGACUGGCUGAAUGGGGAAGCGCCACUUGGCUGAGUCCCAUGGUUUCCUGGGAAGCCAAGGGGCUGAGGGAUCAGAGCAGGGCACUGGGAGAGGUGGGAGAGGACUAGGGACUGGGGACAGAGAGCAACAGAGCAGCUGGGCAGGGAGGGCUGUGCCUCUCGUCGGGUCUCUAGUGCACCCGACUGGUUAGUUCAAGACUGCCGCUCUCCUUCCUGGAUGGGCACCAGCACCCUCUGGGUGCUUGUUACAUACAUGGGUUCCAGGGCCCAGCCCAGUUAGGUUAAGCCCUAAGAGUGGGGCAUGUGGGAUGGCACCCAGGUGAACACCGAAGGAGCAGUGUCCUGAGGACAUGUGCCCGCACUGCAGCUGGAUGCAUGCCACUGUGCUCCAGGUGCCCCAUUUGGGGGCAGAGGUGGCAGGUCUGGUGGGUGCUGAGCGGCCCAUCCUCUGUUUAGGUGAGACCUCAGGAGGGGAGGGUGGGGCCCCCAGCGGUGGAGGAGCGUUCACAGGCUGGGUGCUCAGGGAGGAGGAGGCUUAUUGUCAGGGAUGGGGUUUCCUCCCAGGGAGCCGGCCCAGCUGGGGGCCCCUGGGAGAGGGCGUAGGGUCACUCUGCUGUUCUGCUGUUCCCAGGCCUGUGCCAGGCCAAGAAUCUCCUCCCUUUUGCUAGUCCCAGGGUCAGCCCACACUAGCCACUGCUCACACCAGACCCUUGGUUUCUUGGGUGGAGUGGGGGUUGUCUGUGUUCUCCAGGCCUGCCCCUGCUUGGUGCACCCGUUUGGGGAUAUCAAAGACCACUAGAGGCUCACUCUGUCCUGGAGAGAGCCAGGAAUAGUCGCCGUGGGGAUCAUGGCACAAUGGAGGGUUAGGUGGCCUUUGUUUCCACAGGAUGAGGGCUGUUCCCCUCCCCACUAGGCACAUCCCUCAGCUCAGUGUGGAAAACUGGGUGUGGGGGCCACCAGCUUCCUGAGUCCACUCAGCCCUGAGGUCCAGCUCUGGCCUGCUUGUCUCCCUUCUCCCCACACAGGUUAGAAGACUGGCUUGGCCUUCUGGAGGGGACACUAAGGGUAGAGAGGCCAAGGCAAGACCCAGCACCUGGACUGGUGCCUUCAGGACCCAGAGUGGCCUGGCUGCAAUGUCCCUCCAGAAGGGGGGUCAGGGGCUAUCAUGCAGAUGAGGUUCACCCUGCUGAGCUGAGGCCCACUGCCCAGCUCCUAGAGCCUACUGGAACCUUGCAGUGGGACACUUGGAAGAAGGGGUGUGUACCUUCAGCAGUGGCCUACCUCCUCCUGACUCCGCCCCUUAGCAAGGAGACUGCCAGGACCUGUCCUCCCCUGCACAGCAGGCAAGGGCUGCUGUGAAGACUCACAGGACCUGGACAGCAACCACUGGGGCAGUGGUUGCCCACUGUCUCCAGGAGGGAAGCCCCUGUCUGCUCUGCCUCUCCCCAUCUGCAGUGCUGGUGGCCCAGGUCCCCAGAGGGAGGUGCUUCAGCUGCUGCUUUUCCAACCUGGUUUGUCAGGGGUGAGUCGCCUCUCACUGGUCACCCAAGGACCACUUGGGAGCCUCCUGUCUUCAAGCCCCAGCCCAGGUGCCCCUCUGCGGGAAGUCUUUGCUGAUUGGCCCCUCUUGAGGAGCUGGCUCUGGAGGAGGGGAUCUGGGGCCGAAGCCAUGGUGGCCACAUGCAGGGAGCCUCCUCCAUGCCAAGGGGAUGAGCAAGGACCCUGGGAGGUCCGAGCCUCCUAGAGUGACAGUAAGUCACACCUCUUCGAAUGUGUGGCCGGCAUCAGCACUGCACAACAUAAAGCCCCUCCUGUCUGUGCUGUCCAGAUGGCCCUGCAAGGCUCUGUGGCCUCCUCCCUGUUGUGUUAGGGCAUCAAUUGCCACCUGUGGGGAUGCCGCCCAGGAAAGGACUCUGACCUCAGGCUGCACCUCGCUCCUGUAUGCCCACUCCCUGGCAGUGCUGGGAAGCCUGCCAAAGAGGAAUGUCAGGAGUAACCCAGGCCACUUCCCUCAUGUCACUCAGGAGGAACCUGCAUUCCCCGGGGACUGGCAAAGAGACACUGGGACCCAACAUCUUGCUGCCCAUCUCACGGUUUGGUGCAGUGACCGCCCACACAGUGCAGGCCCACAGCCUGUGGCUGUAGUGUCCAUGGCUGCCUGGUGCCUAUGGCCACAUUGCCCUGCAGGCCCUGUGGGCAGAGCCCUGGAGCCAAGCUCCACCAUGUCCCCAGGCUUCACAGACUGGGCCUCUUGUUAAAGUCACUCACAGCUGGGCCUUUGUUGUGGGCCCACUGGAAAGGUGGGCUGCGCUCCCUGUGUGGAUGGGCCAGAGGUCCCCAAGGAGUGAGAAGAGGGGUCCAAUGAGGGCAUUAGGGAGGGCUUCCUGGUAGGGCUUUGCACCCUGCCUUGAAAGGUGGGCCAUGGGGACAUGGGCACAACUCUAUGGACACAAGAGGCCCAGGGGUUGAUCCCCAGCACUGGAAAAAAAAAAAAAAAACAAAAACACAUAACCUGUGUUUUGAGAGCCAGGUGCAGUGGUAGCACCUGUAGUCUCUGCUGAGGUGGGAAGACCACUGGAGCCCAGGAAUUCAGGACCAGUGGGCAACAUAGGGAGACGCCAUCUAUAAAGGAAAAGGUGGGUCAUCGGGGACCUGGCGUGAGGGGCGACUGCAGGGAAGCCACCUGAUGUGUGGCCCGUCUAGCUGGGUCUGGCAUCCGUGAAGCCUUGCGAGUAGAUCCCAGUGCUGGCUGGAUACUCAUUUCAGCGCCAGGUCCGGCUCUCCUCUGUGACACUGCUCAGGUUGUAGCCCCUGUGACUGCUCCCUCCCCUGAGCACUGGCCAAGUUCCCCCGAACCUGACAAGCCAGCCUGGGGGGCUCUGUGGGGCUAGGCAUGACCCGACACCCCUGCAGGGCUCUGACCCCUUGGCACAGACUCAGCAUGGCUGGCUGCAGAGCCACAGGGCCUGGAUAAACCAGCAGAUCAGCAAGGAGCUGCGGAUGCGGACAGGUGCUGAGAAUCUCUACAGAGCCACCAGCAACAACCAGGUCAGAGAGACUGCCGCCCUGGAGCUGAGCCGCGUCAACUCCAACCUGCAGCUGCUGAAGGAGGAGCUGGAGGGGCUUGGCCGUGGCCCAGAUGUGCACAGGCCUGCGGGUGAAGGUGUCACUGUCCCCAUGAUCCCCCUGGGCCUGAAGGAGACCAAGGAGUUGGACUGGGCCACACCCCUGAAGGAGCUGAUUUCAGGGCACUUUGGAGAGGACAGCGCCUCCUACGAGGCGGAGAUCAGGGAGCUGCAGGACCUGCGGCAGGCCAUGCGGACCCCCAGCCGAGACGAGGCGGGCCUGAGGCUGCUGGCAGCCUACUACAACCAGCUCUGCUUCCUGGAAGGACGCUUCUUCAGCCCUGCCGGGAGCCUCGGGCUGGUCUUCCACUGGUAUGACUCGCUCGCGGGGGUCCCAGCACAGCAGAGGACGCUGGCCUUUGAGAAGGGCAGUGUGCUCUUCAACAUCGGCGCGCUCCACACGCAGAUCGGGGCUUGCCAGGACCGCGCCUGUGCCGAGGGCGCCAGCCGUGCCGCUCAGGCCUUCCAGCUGGCUGCUGGGACCUUCAGCCUCCUGAGGGAGAACUUCUCCCAGGCACCGAGCCCAGACAUGAGCACCGCCUCUCUCUCCACGCUGGAACAACUCAUGGCUGCCCAGGCCCAGGAGUGUGUCUUUGAAGGCCUUUCACUGCCAGCCCUGGCCGCCCCCCACGACUGUGUGGCUCAGCUUCACCUGGCUCAGGAGGCCGCCCAGGUGGCAGCUGACUACAGGCUUGUGCACCAGGCCAUGGCCCAGCCGCCCGUCCAGGACUACAUGCCUGCCUCCUGGACCACCCUGGUGCAUGUCAAGGCGGAACACUUCCACGCCCUGGCCCACUACCACGCGGCCAUGGCCCUCUGCAGUGGCGCCUUGGCGGCUGAAGGAGCGGUCCCCCCACAUGAGCAGGUCUUCCAGCCCCCCACCCCUGGCGAGCCCCGCGGCCCCACGCUGCCCCAGCAGCCCGAGGAGCGCAGGGAGCUUGCCAAGGCCCACCUGAAGCGGGCCAUUCUGGGCCAGGAGGGGGCCCUGCAGCUGCAUGCUCUGUGUGGCGCUCUGCGCAAGGUGGACCUGCUGCAGCCUGUGGUGGCCCAGGCACUGAGGCGCUCACUGGCCAAGUACUCGGAGCUGGAGCGGGAGGAUGAUUUCUUCGAGGCCGCCGAGGCCCCAGACAUCCAGCCUAAGACCCACCAGAAGCUGGAGGUCAAGACACCCAGACUAUCCUCAGUGAAGGUGGCUGACAUCUUUUACCGUCUGGGUCCCCUCUCCGUGUUCUCAGCCAAGAAUCGGUGGCAGCUGGUGGGGCCCAUCCACCUGACCCGAGGAGAGGGCGGCUUCGGCUUCACGCUUCGGGGAGACUCACCUGUCCUUAUUGCUGCUGUUGUUCCCGGGGGGCAGGCUGCGGCAGCUGGCCUCCAGCAGGGUGACUACAUCGUGUCCCUGGACGGGCAGCCCUGCAAGUGGUGGAGGCACGCAGAGGUGGUGGCGAGGCUGAGGGAGGCGGGCGAGGCAGGUGUGAGCCUGCAGGUGGCGUCUCUGCUGCCCAGAUGGGAGCCUCGCAGCACGGGGGACCACCAACCAGCUCUGCUGGGCCCAGGGAGGCUUCUGAGGAGCCAGAGAGAGUGUGGUUUCGAGAUGCCCGCACCCACACGUGCCAGUCACCGGCCCCUCCUUGUCUGGAGCCGCAAGGCCAAGCAGGGCAAGACCCGGGGCCACUGCCCACCCUGUACUGGUGGGGACUGUGGCACCUGUCCCUGAGCCAGGCGUGCCCCCUGCACCCUCCAAUACCCAGCGUGUCUGAGGACUGGAAGUUGACCCAGCCAUCCCAUUUCUCGCCCUUGGGGACCUUCGGGCUGUGCCUGUCCUGCUCAGUGCCAGAGCUACCUAUUAAAGACUCUGGUCA